AUGGACGACCCCAAAGUGACGACGAAGCAGGAGAUGGCGACGGCUCAGCAGAUCAAGAGACUCCUGCUGGAGUCGGACUUCGCCUACGAGGUGACGGAAGAUAAGGAGGCGUUCGCGCCUCAUCCAGAGAACCGCUACACCAUGGGCCUUGAGCCGAUGGACGUGCACGAUCUCUUGCAGCUGAUCGCCAACAAGGGAUGGUGCGACGACGCAGCCGCUGGAGCGACGGCGUUCGAGCUCAGCGAGGACCCGCAGACCAGGGCAAAGCAGCUGCAGUUCCAGGUGGAUCUCGUGGCCCGCUCGGGCGAACUGCUUGCCCCGUCGGAGCCCCACGAGGUCAAGUACCUGACGGUCGGUGGUUCCCACACGCUUGCUGGCAGCAGGUGCGUGCAUCACAGAUGCAAGAGCCACGUCGCAGCGCUGUGCACGGAGGACGGCAGGCUUUCUCGCGAGAAGGUCUUGGCCCAUUGCCCGACCUACGCUGUGCCGCUCGACCGAGGCAUGCACUUCACCAUCAUCAGGAAGGACAUCGAGCAGGUGUGCCCAACGUUGCCAGAAUUUCUCCAGCGCGCUGGCAACGCCAAGCACGGAACGGAGAGGCAGCAAACGCAGAUUCAGUUGUUGUGCCAAAUACACCAGAUGGCGAUUGCCAACUACCAGAAGCACGGCGACUCCCGCUGGGACUACAUCGCGAGGGAGGUGAACAAGAUUCCCUCGGCCAAGGGCAUCGCGAUCGACCUGUGCGCAUACGUCCGCCAAUGGAGUGGCGGUUCGGCAGCCCCAUUUCUAGCGGAGCUGAAGGAAUUCGCGUCGAGCCUGGCGGUGCGCCGUGAGAUCAAGGGCCCCGUGUGGAGGGCGUUGGCUAGCUUGGAGUUCUCGCAGGGGGCUGAGUACGUCACCUCGUGCGUGAAGGCGAUGAUGUGUUCGCCAGACCACUUCACGCGCGAUGGCGAGUCGACCCUGCUGGCAUCGAGCGAUAUCCAGACCACCAUCGCUGCCGCAUUCGUGAAGGCUUUCCCCGAGAUCCCAAAGUCUGAUCGUGUGAAGCUGGUCGCGUCGAUGGAGACUCGCGCAGUCAUGGGCAUCCACGGCAAGAAGUCGCGCUGCAGGCAGCACGACGAUACGCUGAAGGGCGUCCAGGUCAUGUUCUUGCAGGAGUUGUACCAGCUGCAUCCCAGCGCCAGGUCGAUGGACCCGCCUUUCUCCGUCGACGGCGCCUCGAGGGUUCAAGCCAUGGACUCCAACGCCAGCGCCAGUGGCAUGCGCGAGUUCGCAGGUGCGUCCAUCAGCGUGGACGGGGCCAAGGCCAUGGGCUACACAGUCGGGUGCAUCCUGAAGCCGCGCGCCACCGACGCCGAGUCCAAGCCGAUGGUGCUCAUGAACUUUGUCGGCCAGGAGGUGGUCAUCAGGUCCGAGUUCGAGGGCGACCUGGACUUUGAGGUCAAGGGCGAGCCGCCCACGCCGCCGCCGACGAUCACCAUGUCCCUGGCCAAGUGCAUCGACGAUUUCAAGGCCAGCCUUUUUUGA